AACCAAUCUUUCCCUUAUAUCUCCUCCUCCCCACCCCAGACUCCGCCGGUGAAUCAUCAGCGAGCGAGCCAGCAAGCAAAUCAGCCAUGGCGCCCCCUUCCCUCUCCUCCUCCCACCUCCUCAUCACCGCGUCCCUCCCCAAGCCCUCCUCCAUCCGGCCGCCGCGCCUCCCGCUCUCCUCCAGGCCCGUCCCGGCGCUGCUCCUCGCGCUCGCCGCCUCGCCGGCCUUUCCCGCCCUCGCCGUCGACGCGCCCGCGCCGCUCGAUGCGGCGGCCCCGCAGCUGCAGCUCCAGGCCGAGGCGCCGACGCCCGCGGCCAACCCCUUCGCCGACACCCUGCUCACCGCGCCCAAGCCUGGGUCGGCGGCCGCCGACAUCCCCGACGGCGGCCAGUGGCGCUACAGCGAGUUCCUCGCGGCCGUCAAGAAGGGCAAGGUCGAGCGCGUGCGCUUCUCCAAGGACGGCGGCAUGCUGCAGCUCACGGCCGUCGACGGCCGCCGCGCCUCCGUCGUCGUGCCCAACGACCCCGACCUCAUCGACAUCCUCGCCACCAACGGCGUCGACAUCUCCGUCGCCGAGGGCGACGCCGCGGGGCCCGGGGGCUUCCUCGCCUUCGUCGGCAACCUGCUCUUCCCCUUCAUCGCCUUCGCGGGGCUCUUCUUCCUCUUCCGCCGCGCGCAGGGCGGGCCCGGCGGGGGCCCCGGCGGGAUGGGCGGGCCCAUGGACUUCGGCCGCUCCAAGAGCAAGUUCCAGGAGGUGCCCGAGACCGGGGUCACCUUCCAGGACGUCGCCGGCGCCGACCAGGCCAAGCUCGAGCUGCAGGAGGUCGUGGAUUUCCUCAAGAACCCCGACAAGUACACCGCGCUCGGGGCCAAGAUCCCCAAGGGCUGCCUGCUCGUCGGCCCGCCCGGGACCGGGAAGACGCUGCUCGCCCGGGCCGUCGCCGGGGAGGCCGGGGUGCCCUUCUUCUCCUGCGCCGCGUCUGAGUUCGUCGAGCUCUUCGUCGGCGUCGGCGCGUCCAGGGUGAGGGACCUCUUCGAGAAGGCCAAGGCCAAGGCGCCCUGCAUCGUCUUCAUCGAUGAGAUUGACGCCGUCGGGAGGCAGCGUGGUGCCGGAAUGGGUGGGGGGAACGAUGAGAGGGAGCAGACCAUUAACCAGCUGCUCACGGAGAUGGACGGCUUCUCCGGAAACAGCGGUGUCAUCGUGCUCGCCGCGACCAACAGGCCAGAUGUGCUCGACUCGGCGCUUCUGCGGCCAGGGCGGUUUGAUCGGCAGGUCACCGUCGACCGUCCGGAUGUCGCCGGCCGUGUCAGGAUCCUUGAGGUUCACUCCAGAGGAAAGGCAUUGGCGAAGGAUGUAGACUUUGAUAAGGUUGCCAGAAGGACACCUGGUUUCACCGGUGCUGAUCUUCAGAACUUGAUGAAUGAGGCUGCCAUCCUUGCUGCUCGUCGUGAUCUGAAGGAGAUAAGCAAGGACGAGAUCUCUGAUGCUCUGGAGAGGAUCAUUGCUGGGCCUGAGAAGAAGAAUGCAGUUGUUUCAGAACAGAAGAGGAAGCUUGUGGCUUACCAUGAGGCUGGACAUGCCCUCGUCGGUGCCCUGAUGCCUGAAUAUGACCCUGUUGCCAAGAUUUCCAUCAUUCCUCGAGGUCAAGCUGGUGGCCUCACGUUCUUUGCUCCAAGCGAAGAGAGGCUUGAGUCUGGACUGUACAGCAGGAGCUACCUAGAGAACCAAAUGGCUGUGGCACUUGGUGGCAGGGUUGCCGAGGAGGUGAUCUUUGGCCAAGACAAUGUGACAACUGGGGCAUCCAGUGACUUCAUGCAGGUCUCACGUGUCGCCAGACAAAUGGUUGAAAGAUUUGGGUUCAGUAAGAAGAUUGGGCAAGUCGCGAUCGGAUCAUCUGGUGGAAACCCUUUCUUGGGCCAGCAGAUGUCGAGCCAGAAGGACUACUCGAUGGCCACGGCGGACAUCGUAGACGCCGAGGUCAGGGAACUCGUGGAGACGGCCUACUCGCGGGCGACGCAGAUCAUCAACACCCACAUCGACAUCCUCCACAGGCUCGCCAACCUCCUGAUCGAGAAGGAGACCGUGGACGGGGAGGAGUUCAUGAGCCUCUUCAUCGACGGGCAGGCAGAGCUGUUCGUCGCAUAAGUCGACUUGUCGUGCGUGCCCUGUAUGUUUUUUGGUGAUUAUACGAGGGUCCAACUUGUAGGAACCACAUUGAUCUAGUAAAAAAUGUUCUUUUCGCAAACAUGUUUGUAUAGUUCCUUGUAAAAAAUGCCUGUACUGACACUGAGCGCGUCAAUUAAUACAGAUCGUUGCUAGUUUUUGCC